AUGUGGGGCCCGUUAAGUCGCAGCCUCGGUCGGGGCCUCCUGGCGGCCGCGGGCCGACGGCGUCGGGGCUACGCGCGGCUCCUGCUGGCAGGGCCCCGCGGUGGCGGGGGUGGAGGCCGGCGGGGCGCCGAGGUGGCCGCCAACAAGCCACCUCGCGUAGGGCAGGGCCGUUCGGGACGCGGACUGUGCGUGGUGGCGCUGGCGGCGCUCUCCUGGUUCUUCAAGAGCGCCCCCACGGUGGUGGAGGAGGAGGAAGAAGAAGAGGAGGAGGCGGUGGAGAGGGAGGAGGAGGAGAGCCCGCCCUCAGAGGCCGAGCUCCAGGUCAUCCACCUGCUCAAACGAGCCAAGUUAUGCAUCAUGAAGAAGGAACCAGACGAUGCGGAGCGGCUGCUCCACCAGGCCCUUCACCUGGCUCAGAAGGCAGACAUCAGGAAGGCUAUCAUCUACACCUAUGACAUGAUGGCUAACUUAGCCUUCAUGAGGAAUCAGCUUGAAAAAGCAGAAAAGCUUUUUAAAGCAACAAUGAGCUAUCUCCUGGUUGGGGGCAUGAAGCAGGAGGACAAUGCAAUAGUUGAAAUAUCCCUAAAGCUGGCCAGUAUCUAUGCUUCUCUGAAAAGACAGGAAUUUGCUUUUGCUGGCUAUGAAUUCUGCAUUUCAACACUGGAGAAAAAAGUCACAAGAGAGAAGGCCUUAACUGAAGAAGCUAUGCCAGCUGAAGAGAAGGCCAAUACCCACCUGCUGCUGGGCAUGUGCUAUGACUCCUUUGCUCGAUACCUCCUCGAUAUCAGCCGGCUCUCCGAAGCACAAAAAAUGUAUGAAAAAGCCUUGCAGAUUUCCAGCGAGAUAAGAGGAGAAAGACACCCACAGACGGUGGUAUUAAUGAAUGACCUGGCCACUACCCUAGAUGCCCAAGGCCGCUUUGACGAGGCCUAUACUUAUGUGAAGAAGGCAACGGAGCUGGCAAGGCAGAUUGAGCACCCUGAGCUCCACCGGGUGCUCAGUAACAUGGCAGGAAUCUUGAUGCACAAAGCAAGCUUUGUCGAAGCCAAACAUGUGUACGAGGAAGCCCUGAAAGAGGCUGAGCUAAAGGGAGACGUGGCUUUCAUCGAGCACAUCAAGAUGGAGCUGACUGAGCUGGCCAGCAGUCGGGGUGUUUGACACUGUUUCACCCAGGGGUAAAUCUCUCUGGGGGAACACACAGGGGGAACGGCACUACCCAAAAGGAAGGCAGAUGGGAUUCCAGUCAGGAAUACCUAAACUGAUGGCUCAAAUUAUUCAUAUUUGAUGCUUAACUCUUUCCCCCCCUACAAAAAUCAAACAAAACACUCUACCCCAUGCCUUUUUCUAGAAACAGUCCACUCAGACUUUAGCUUUGUUCCGAGUGUUGGACUCUAUGUAGAACUCCCUGAGGGAACAGAUUGACUUUGUGGGGACAGAAAGGAAAGUUUAGUCUUUGUUACUGAGCCGCCAAGACUUGUUUUGUUGGGGGAAUAACAUCUGCAAGGCAAUCUUUCUUGGCGCCAAGUAGUUUUAAAGCUCAGCCUAUUUAGAAGGUCGUGAAGGGUCUGGCCUGAACUUCAAUUUUCAUUAUGACUUUAAAAAAUGUGACAUUAGUAUCCAUCUCUUUUCUGGAGCUCAUCCUCUCUUCCAUAUUGGUAUAGAAAAUGCAGUGGCUGUAACAAGUCAGAGUUUGAGGUCUUAUGUUGGCUUCACUGCAAAGAGAAAUUUUGUCUUACUGGGAUAGACAGUGCUUCAUCUUUAAACAGGAACUGGUGGCUAGUAGCCACAUUCAGUUUCUUGUUACCCCCCCCCCCAACCAAAGAAAACUGAUGAUGUUAGAAGAUUUAGUUAGGGGCCACCCGGACUGUAACUUAAAAUUAUUUUAAAAAUACAUUUUGCUGGUACUUAUUUGCCACUGUCACCAUCAAUAAAUUUGUUCUACACACUCCAGAAUAAGGUUUUCACAAAUGGGCCUAGUAACCAGGGCAGCUGACCAGGAAGCAGCUGCCCAUUCUUCAAAGGGCUCUGACAUCAGCAGAUGGGACCACUCCUGCCCAGUCCAAGAUACUAGGAACUACCGAGUUGUAGUUAACCAGAGCCAUUCAUUUCUGCAGGAAUCUCUUUAUUGAUGUACAAUUGUGUCUCGCAAAUCUCCAGACCUUUAUUUAUUCUUAAGUGGAUUUACAAUAAUUUUCUAUCCUGGGAGAAGGAAAGAAACCUGUCACUUUUGUGUCAAUAAGGAUGAGAUUUGAUCUCCCACACUCGUUUAAACUUGCUACACUUGGAAUUGAAUAGACGAGCACUCGAAGUGUGUGCAUGUGUGUAUAUUUCUGUAGCCAAACACUACAUGUGUACGUAUACUCUCUGCACACAUCCACGUCUCAUGAAAUGUUUAGAGUCUUGGCCCAGGGAAGAGAGUUUACCCAGAUACCCAGUGAAGAAUGGAAGCUUUACUUCGCUGUUGGUAUGCUAUCUGUCGAGUGGGUAUACUACUACUAUUUUUUGGCCCUUUGUGAUCCUAAAUAAUAAACUAGACCCCAAGAUCACAUGUGAAUCAAAUAAUUUUUAAAAUCUAAUACUUUAAAGGAAUCAAAGUGGGCUUUUCAUUAGUUUGGCUGAGACUGCUAAAGCAUCCAGGUGCCUAGCAAGCAGAGGCAUGGUCUGCUGGAUAGAGCUGGCCCGAGAGUAGGGAAGCCCUGGUUUCAGGUUGUGCCUCUGACCCAUUCUUCAGGCGAGCCCCUUCAGCCCUCAGUGGCCCUGGCAAAGGUUUCCCAGAAGAUGCUGAUCUUGGUGGUGUUAAAGGAGAUGAAGUCAGUCCGAUUCUGAAAUGAAAACCAAAAAGCGACAGACUCUGGGUCCAGGAUCCCAGGGAACGGCAGCCUGAAAUGAGGAGUCGUCUGUACGAUAAGUAGCUUAAGAUUGUACCAAGUCUAACAUCAUCAUGCGUUGGUCUACCUGUUUAUUUCCAAAAGUCCUGGAGAAAUCCUCCUCCUGCCCCACCCCCACCCCCAAACCCUGCUUUAGCAGGUCCUCAAAGGCCAGCUUAGGUUUAGCCUUGGACAUUAUUCCAUUUUAAUCCAGAGCUCUCCAGGGUGGCCUGGUCAUCCCAGGACAAGUUCUUUUCCUGUUGGGGGGUGGGCGCCACUACAAUUUCUAGGGUCGGUUCCAGGAGAUUUAUCUACACUGUUGUAAAACGAGGCGACAAGGCAAAUGGAGAGCUAGCUGAUGCCCUUUUAUUGAUUGGUCUGAAUGCAGAAGUCACUGACUACUAAAGACAUUGUGUUGGGGGAGGGGAUGUGGGGAAGGGAAGAAAUUAAAUUUCGUCAUUACA